AUGACGUCUCCGGAGAAAUCCGGUGUCAACGAGGCACCACCAGAUCAAAGCCGACAUCGUCUUGCACCCCCGGCCGAACUCCAGCGCGAAACCAGCUUCGAUGGCACAGAUAUCGUGUAUCCCAUUCGCUCCGUCGUCUCGGUUGAUCCCACGCCACAGCCUCCUGAACCGGUGCCAACCCAUCCGGCUUCGCCUACCAGAGACGGCGCUCGUCGGUAUUCCAUAAUCGAUGCGCAUACCUGGGAUCAGAUGCAGUCUCGAGCCAGGGCGGAUUCUGUGAACGAUCCUCCCCAAUCGAUCAGUGCGACAGACAUUCCCGACCUUGACGAACCCGAAGAUCGACGGCGCAGCUCCGAGGCGACUGAAGAGAGUUUUUCGGCUGUAAAUCUGGAUCCCCCGCAGAGUCAGGAAACCCUUGAAGGGACCAGUCUUGUUACCUCACGAUUCGAGCAUGUGGUCACAGAGCGCGGCCAUGCUGUUGCCACGGGACCGGGUGCCCCCUUCCAGCCUUGCGAGGACGAACCGAUUCACAUCCCCGGUGCGGUGCAGAGUUUUGGUGUUUUGGUGGCUCUCCGUGAGGAAGCGGACGACAAGUACCUCGUCCGCGUUGCCAGCGAGAAUUCCAAGAGUCUGCUCGGGUAUUCCCCGAACGAGUUAUUCGCCCUGAACAAUUUCUGUGAUAUCCUCAGGGACGACCAAGCUGAUACCCUUCUGGACCACAUCGAUUUCAUUCGCGACGGUUCGUUCGACCCCAGUGUAGACGGCCCUGAGGUAUUCCUCUUGGCCAUCAAACAGCCCAUGCGACGUUCUCGCAAGUUCUGGAGUGCCGUCCAUCUUUGCCCAGCCGAUCCCAGCCUGAUCAUUUGCGAAUUCGAGCUGGAGGAUGAUCAGAUCAAUCCGUUGAACAUCUCAGGUCGCGAGACGCCAUCGUCACCCAGCGCAACUCUGGGGUCGGCACCGACCCCGGAACAGCUCACAGCUAGCACCAGCAGCAUCAACCAGCCGUUACGCGUGCUGCGCAAUGCUCGCCGGCGAAAAGGAGAGGCGGCCGCUAUGGAAGUGUUCAGCAUCCUAACUCAGAUCCAAGAUCAGCUGGCCCGCACGGAGACACUCGAGUCUUUGCUGAACACAGCAACUGGGCUAGUGAAGGAGCUGACCGGAUUUCAUCGGGUCCUGAUUUAUCAAUUUGAUCUGAAUUGGAACGGCACCGUCGUGGCCGAACUGGUUGAUCCCAGAGCUUCUGUUGAUCUAUAUAAAGGCCUUCAUUUUCCUGCCAUGGACAUCCCCAGACAAGCUCGCGAUCUGUACCGGAUCAACAAGGUCCGACUGCUAUAUGACCGUGAUCAAACGACCUCACGACUCGUGUGCCGUACAGCCAAGGACCUGGAGACACCACUGGAUAUGACCCAUGCUUAUCUGCGUGCGAUGUCCCCCAUUCACAUCAAGUAUCUAGGAAAUAUGGAUAUCCGCGCAUCCAUGUCGAUCAGUAUUAACGGAUUCAACGAGCUUUGGGGACUCAUCUCGUGCCAUUCAUAUGGCAAAUCCGGCAUGAGAGUCUCGUUCCCUAUCCGAAAAAUGUGCCGGCUGGUCGGAGAUACCGUCUCGCGAAACAUCGAGCGCCUUUCCUAUUCCACACGACUUCAGGCCCGUAAAUUAAUCAACACCGCUCCCACCGAUGCAAACCCUUCCGGAUACAUCAUCGCCUCGUCGGAUGAUCUACUCAAACUGUUCGAUGCUGAUUACGGUGUUCUGUGUAUUCGGGACGAGACGAAAAUACUGGGAAGGCUUACCUACUCUCAGGAAAUCCUGGCCCUGUUGGAGUAUUUGAAAAUGCGCCGGAUUAACUCCGUCCUAGCAUCGCAUCAUGUCACCAAAGAUCUCCCGGACCUGCGCUAUCCUCCUGGGUUCAAGCAUAUCUCGGGUUUGCUUUAUGUACCUCUGUCUACAGGCGGAACAGACUUCAUGGUCUUCUUCCGCCGUGGCCGCUUGACGGAAAUCCAGUGGGCCGGUAACCCAUACGACAAGAAAGUCGUGGACGGUCAUCUAGAGCCGCGAAAGAGCUUCCAGGCCUGGUGCGAGACUAUCCUCGAUCAAUCCCGGGAAUGGACCGAGACCGAUGUGGAAACGGCAGCGGUCUUGUGCUUGGUAUAUGGAAAGUUCAUUAGAGUGUGGCGACAGAAGGAAGCAGCCAUGGAGAACUCCCAACUUACGCAAUUGCUGCUGGCAAACUCAGCUCAUGAAGUUCGGACUCCGCUGAAUGCUAUUAUCAACUAUCUUGAAAUAGCAAUGGAAGGCACAUUGGACAGUGAGACCCGCGAUAAUCUGACCAAGUCUUACUCUGCUUCGAAAUCGCUGAUCUACGUCAUCAACGACCUGCUCGACCUGACUAACACGGAGAAGGGACAGAAUCUUAUCAAAGAUGAAUCUUUUGACCUGCCACAGACGAUCAAACAGGCUAUGGAUAUGUUCGAGGGUGAAGCUAAACGCAAGGGAAUCACUUUCAACGCCCACUCCCACCCCGGACUACCGACUGCAGUUGUGGGGGAUCAGCGGCGUAUUCGCCAGGUGAUUUCAAAUCUUAUCUCGAAUGCCAUGCAGCAUACUUCGACCGGAAGCGUUACCGUCGAGGUCUGGCGCGCGGCAGUCCAGCCCAACAAUGGCGACGUGAUUAUUGAAAUGGCAGUUGUGGAUACCGGUUCGGGAAUGUCUCAAGAUACCCUCGAGGCAUUGUUCCAGCAGCUUGAGCAGAUAGAGUCUAUGGAUGAUGAAGAUGGCCAAGAUCACAUUCCUUCCCCGGAAGGACAAGAAAAACGAGUGCUUGGUCUGGGGCUUGCGCUUGUGGCUCGAAUUGUCCGCAACAUGCGAGGUCAGCUGGGUGUGCGGUCCAAAGAGGGCAAAGGCAGCCGCUUCAAGAUCUCGUUGCAAUUCUCUGUUCCAGAAGGUGCGGCUUCGACAACCGAUGGUAAUAUUCAUCCUCCCAAACAGGUGGCGGAGGCGGCGGUUCCGUUCCAGAAUCAGCAAGAGAUUAUGCUGGUGGGUAGGAACCGCUCACGGGAUCGCUCACGCCGCCAAAGCGCUGAGAGCAAUCGCAGCGGAAAGAGCGGUAGCAGCGCUCAUAGUAACCGAAGUGAGGCCGAUCGCCUGAUCAGCGCCAUGCAAGAACCGUUUUUAGCCCGGAGUGCUAGUGAAGGCGGCGCUACAAGAACUCAGCAGAUGGAUGCGAGUGAUCCCUUGAUUCCUAAACCGCAAAAGACCACCAGCAGGUCUGUCUCGGGUACACCGACCACAGAGUUCGUACCUGGCCCUGAUAUCCGUACGACUGUUCCUCCUAUUUCUCUGCCCCCAGGUCAGGCCCCUGUGAAAGAUUCCGGAAUACCGCUAGGUGCCAUUCGAGUACCUGGACAGGAUGUUGAAAGACCCACAUUGCCUCUCAACCCGGCUGUUGUGGACGAGAAGCCUGUGCCGCCAUCAGGUCUGUCUCAGCAGGAGCCUGACAAAUCCAUGCCGUUUUCUGCGGCUCCCAAGCCCAAGCCCACUACUAUGGAAAAAUUCAAUGUCCUGGUGGCCGAGGAUGAUCCGAUCAACAGCAAGAUCAUCCAAAAGCGACUGGAGAAACUGGGUCAUAUGGUGUAUCUUACAGGUAAUGGGGAGGCAUGUGCUAGUGCUUAUCGUGCGGAUUGCAAAGAGUUUGAUGUAGUAUUGAUGGAUAUCCAGAUGCCCAUCGUCGACGGCAUGCAAUCCACGCGACUAAUCCGCGAAUUCGAAAGCGAAAUACCCAAAGACGCGCUAUCUGAAAUUGCAAAAAUAAAUAGCCAGGUGCCUAUUUUUGCAGUCUCCGCAUCUCUACUCGAAAAAGACGCAUCAACAUACAUUGAAACCGGUUUCGAUGGUUGGAUCAUGAAACCUAUUGAUUUUAACCGGUUGAACAUCUUCUUCCAGGGCCUCCAGGAUGAUGAGGCCCGAAAUAAUACGACUUAUCGUCCCGGUGAAUGGGAAAGGGGGGGUUGGUUUGAGCCUAGGAAGGCGUAA